AUGAGUUAUGUCUCUCGUUUUUUUCCACCUUACUACAAAUACGCGGUGUUUCUCUUCAUUGGCUUUCAAUUCCUCUACUGUGCUUUCGUGUUAGCCAUCAGUGAAGCCUACUAUAAGUCAGCGACGCUGAUAUUGCCGAUUGCUUAUCGAAUGUUCGACGACACUGUGAAUAAAAACGUUCCGGGCUUUCACUGGACUCAGGAAGAAAAACAUGAGCUGGAAAUGUACAAGCACAAGAUGAUGACACUUUGGGUGACAUCUACAAUAGGUGUACUGCUCUCUAUGGUUAUCACCAUUCCACAGUUUUUCGACUUUAAUGAUAAGCGAGGAAAUCGCAGUCAUCUGUGUCUGGUACAUCGACGUCUUGCUUGGUUGAUGUUCUUUAUCAUGGCGUCUUUUGUCCUCGCCAUGUUUCUGGCACUGGUUUGGGCAUGGCUGGGUGCUGGCACUGCUGUACGGUCAUUUCACGAGCACUUCGCACUUGCUGAGAAGGAGGAGCAGUUCCUCACGGAGCUUGAGGAGACGCUCGAUUGUACCAACGACGACGACAAGGAGGUGCCUGACGAGCAUAGAUGUUGGCAGAAUGUUAAUAUCGGAUUCAUUAACGAUUUCUGGUUGGAUCUACUGUUUUACGUCUACACCGUGGGCAAUAUUCUAGUCCUUAUCGCCAUUCCGUUCUUCAACAAAUGUCAGUUUGUACUUAUGCUGUGA